AGCCACGAUCAGCACAAUCUGACCGUCAUACAGCGUCAAACCGCGAUACCCACCAUUCAUUGAUAAAACCCAGCUACGCUUAGUAAGUUUAGAGCCACGGUUCGGCAGGCUGUGUCUUGGAUGUCACUUCCGCGAUAUCUAAGAUUGUCGCUAGUUCGCUUGCAGGGUGAUCAGUGAGCCCAAGGUGAACCUCUGUGUGUUCUAGGUGUAUAGUGACGAACAGGUGAUCUAUCCGCGAGAUAAAGUUAAACAAUAGCCUUUGCGCUGCAUUUGUGGCGCAGGUACAAUCGGCAGGUUCAAGACUAUCUUUCAGUAGCUCUAGCGCACGCCGGUCUAAGUAUCUAUAGAUGCUAGUCGAGGCAUUAGUCAAUAGUCAGCAAUUACCUGUGGGCAAUGGAGCGUUUCAGCUGGAAGUUCUUGUUGUUGUGUGUUUUCUAUUUUGCCGCGAUCAGUGUUAUGCGUAAUGUUUACAAUCGUUACCUGAACGUUGAUAGUGCUGUGGAAGUUCUCUAGGAUUCGCCGUGUUAGCAUCAUCACCCGGAUACCACCCUCUCAAUCUGCGUCACUGCAGUAUCUGCUCGAAUUACAAAUUGGUGGAUUUGACUAGACCCAUUGAUUGAGACCCUCGUUAGCUUGCCUCAUAUUCCCGUGAAAUAGCCCAUUCAACUAUAAUGAACCGCCAGUGGUCAGCUUGUUCGUGAGUGUUUGUUUGUUUUUACUGAAACGUAGGCACAUUAGCAUAGUUUUCCGAGUAACCUUGCCAUCGUCGCGUCUACAUACGAGUACCCCGGCCACCUUUAAGACAUCAUUUUGGAUUACUCAUCGAAGUAGCGAUCAACGACAACGAUCAGUUUCCCCGGAAUAGCAAGUGAGUAAUAGAAUGGACCACACAGACUGGAAAUUAAACAGAUUUGGAAUGAACGGGAUGAGUACAACUGCAGCAACUUUUGCCGCAAGAAUAUGGAACGAAACGAGCACCGAACACGCAGAAUACAGUACGAAUACAGGAGAGGACGAUGUGGAUGAGAUUAAUCGAUUUUCACGUAGAAUAUUGACCUUUGCCGCUGUAAUGACCAUCCUCAUAAUGAUAGUCGGAAUCUGUGGCAAUAUGUUGACCAUAAUUGCUUUGUUAAAAUGUCCGAAAGUAAGGAAUGUGGCAGCUGCCUUCAUUAUCAGCUUAUGCGUUGCCGACUGUAUCUUUUGUGCUAUUGUUUUGCCAUUCAGUGCAUCUCGUUUCAUACAGGGAACAUGGACUCAUGGAGAAUUCCUGUGCCGUUUGAUACCUUUCCUGCAAUAUGGAAAUAUCGGAGUAUCCUUGCUGUGCAUUGCAAUGAUUACCAUAAAUAGGUACAUCAUGAUUGCCCACCAUAGCAUGUACGCGAAAAUCUACAAGAAACUCUGGAUUGGCGUCAUGAUUGCAUUUUGUUGGGUCUUCUCAUACGGAAUGCAAUUGCCGACAUUCCUGGAAGUGUGGGGAGCAUUCGGAUAUGACUCCCGACUGGGGACCUGUUCCAUCCUAAAGGACAGCAAUGGACGAAGUAGCAAAACGGCACUUUUCAUUAUUGCUUUCCUGAUUCCAUGUCUGAUAAUAGUUGGAUGCUAUGCUCGGAUAUUUUGGGUGGUCCAUAAAUCGGAGGUACGACUACGACGGCAUGCAAGCAAACAGAAUUCUAUACCAAAUAACUUGCGGUCGAUGCCAUCAACAACAGGAGCUGGUGCAUCAAGGACGGAACUUUCGUCCAGCUCCUAUGAGGUAACUAGUGCUGCUGACGCCAAGUAUUCGAAUACUAGUCAGAAGUCAAUAAGAGUCAAGGAUCAGAGGGACGUGAAGGCAAGAAGAAACGAGUGGAGGAUAACGAAAAUGGUCUUGGCCAUAUUCCUGUCUUUUACCGCAUGCUAUUUGCCUAUUACUGUUAUCAAGGUUGCUGAUCCUGAUGUUCACAUGCCGACCUUCCAUAUCAUUGGCUACAUAAUGUUGUAUUUAUCCGCAUGCAUUAAUCCGAUAAUUUAUGUGAUAAUGAACAAGCAAUACCGCCAGGCGUACAAGACCGUUCUGCUAUGCAAAUCGACUCGAUUGUUGCCGUUGAAAGGAAGCAGUUUAGGUGAGAAAUGGAAAGACAUCGGAUACAGCUACAACCACAGUCGUACCGUGGUGUCACAGGUGUCAAUAGCCGACAGCAACAGUACCAAUCAACCGAUAACUAUGAGGGAGCAUACCAACAAUCCCAUCCCCGGAAUCGACAAUUCCAACAACAACAAUCGUCAGAGCUGGACAGCGACUACCGAUAUGACUCCAUCGAACCAAGCUAUCACCAGCAACAACAACUUAAUAAAACCUUCCAAUCUUCAAGUGUCGUACCAAUUGGACUCGGAGCAACGGCCCUAUGUUCCACCCCGAUCCGUAUAUCCGCCCCCUUUGGAUCUGAACGACGUGAUCAUCGAGGAGGACGAAACGAUCCUGGACGAAUCCGACCCGAAAGACAUUCCAGAUAGUAUUAGGGGUAGUGAUGCGGCUCAAACCAAAGUCGAUAAUAUUAAGGGCUCUAGUGAUAAAAAAUGAUAUUUCUAAGGACAAUGUAUGUAAGACAUUUUUCACAGGACAUGAAUGAAUGAGGAUUUCUUUGCAAUUUCCACAAAGUGAGACGUUUGACUGAUGAAUGAUCAAAGGCAUGGAUCUAGUUGCCUCUGUCCGGUCUCGCCAGUUGUUUGACACCCAACAACUGACGACCUUGAUCGAUGAACCUUGAAAGCAAUGACAAGUAUCAUGCCAUCUCGUAGGACUUUCUCUUCCACAAGCAUGUUUGCCUCCCACCUCUAUCUUUCUAUUCUUUUAGUCAUAGCUUUAUGACUUCCUAGAUCAAUUCGCGCAAUGCAUAGAUUGCACCAAAUGCCAUUAGUUAGUUCAAAGAGUAGAUAAGUAACCGAAGGCUUCUUCGAAAAGACGACGCGGAAGCCGCAAUAGGAUACGAAACCGAAAAGACACCAAAUAAAAGUACCAUAUCUUUAUUUAGCGCUCAGUAAUAAAGCCGUAGAUAGUCUGUUGUUUUUAUUUUAAUAGAUCUAGAUAACGCUGAUAGCAGCUUUAAUAAAAAUAUAAUAGUUCUCGCUAAGAACGUAGGGUAAACCAUAAACAGAGUAGCUUUAGUGCAAAUACCACUUGGUUCACCCCUGACUACGCAUGAAUCAACUCCUUCAAUUCAGGGAGUCACCAAAAGAUUAUAGAGAAAGCUCGAAUAAUAAUAAUUUAAAAAUCAAUCCUUUGUUAGGUGUUAAAUAUUUUAAAUGGAAGAGAACAUUACUAAUUACGUUAUUUAUUGUUAUUUCACUCCACCUUAAAAGUCUACCAUUGUGAUGUAUCAUAUUUAUCCAUUUUUUCAGGCAUUAGUCGAAGAAUUUUUAAAUUAGAUAAACAAAGAAGAAAAAUAAUCUCCAAAAUUGUCUGACGAGCGCAAAAUGUAUGAACUGAUUUCAAUGUUUUUUUGCCAAAUAAUCUUGAUGUGAAUUUUAUUUUAUUUUAUUUUAUUUUAAACACGUAAAUGCAUAUUGUAUAUAUUUACUCUUUUUUUUUUAUAAAUAAGACAAAAGAAAAGAGUUUUGUAUUUAUUAUAUAUAACUGCAAGCAUUCCGAUGUAUCUAUUGAUAAUAAAUCGAAUGGAGAUUUUAUUUUCCUCAA